GGAGAAUGCACUCGCAUGUGAAUAAGAGCAUUGACAGAAGUAUGGAACUGUAUCAGUUGUCAAUGGUGAGCAUUGACAGAAGUAUGGAACUGUAUCAGUUGUCACUGGUGAGCAUUGACAGAAGUAUGGAACUGUAUCAGUUGUCAAUGGUGAGCAUUGACAGAAGUAUGGAACUGUAUCAGUUGUCAAUGGUGAGCAUUGACAGAAGUAUGGAACUGUAUCAGUUGUCAAUGGUGAGCAUUGACAGAAGUAUGGAACUGUAUCAGUUGUCAAUGGUGAGCAUUGACAGAAGUAUGGAACUGUAUCAGUUGUCAAUGGUGAGCAUUGACAGAAGUAUGGAACUGUAUCAGUUGUCAAUGGUGAGCAUUGACAGAAGUAUGGAACUGUAUCAGUUGUCAAUGGUGAGCAUUGACAGAAGUAUGGAACUGUAUCAGUUGUCAAUGGUGAGCAUUGACAGAAGUAUGAAACUGUAUCAGUUGUCAAUGAUGAGCAUUGACAGAAGUAGGGACUAA